AUGGCGGAUCAGUUCAAGGCUCGGACGUUAAAACGGAAGAACGUCAAAGGCCUUGCCCUCAAUGCGGCCCCCAAAGCGACUUCAAACCCUUCCGACGGCGACGCCCAGGUCCCUGGCGCCAUUGGAAAUGUCGACAGCAACCGCACAGAUACCCUGGAGAUUGGGCUGGAAUUCCGGUUGGAUCUGCGGAGUGAGGACCUGGUGACGCUGAAGGAGCUCGGCGCCGGUAAUGGCGGCACCGUCUCCAAAGUGAUGCACGCGUCGACCAAAGUCGUGAUGGCUCGAAAGGUCAUCCGAGUCGACGCCAAAGAGAACGUGCGGAAACAGAUUCUACGAGAACUUCGAGUAGGACACGAAUGUAACUCGCCAAAUAUUGUGACCUUCUACGGUGCCUUCCAGAACGAGGCCGGAGACAUUGUCUUGUGCAUGGAAUAUAUGGAUUGCGGAUCUCUUGAUCGUAUCUCCAAGGAUUUCGGUCCCAUUCGAGUGGAUGUUCUUGGUAAGAUCACCGAAUCGGUGCUUGCUGGCCUUUGUUACCUAUACGAAACCCACCGCAUUAUGCAUCGCGAUAUUAAGCCGUCCAACGUUGUCGUCAACUCGCGCGGUCAAAUCAAGCUUUGCGAUUUCGGCGUUGCAAGUGAGACGGUCAACAAUUCUAUCGCUGAUACCUUUGUCGGUACCUCCACAUACAUGGCACCUGAGCGAAUUCAGGGAGGUGCCUAUACGGUCCGUUCGGAUGUGUGGAGUGUGGGUUUGACGGUCAUGGAGUUGGCCGUUGGACGUUUCCCAUUCGAUACUUCCGACUCCGCCGCUGGGGACCGGGCUAGUGCCGGCCCUAUGGGUAUUUUGGAUCUGCUCCAGCAGAUCGUUCACGAAUCCGCUCCUAAGCUACCCAAGAGUGACGCUUUCCCGCCCAUUCUGCAUGACUUUGUCGGCAAGUGUCUGCUCAAGAAGCCUGAGGAACGGCCAACACCGCGAGAGCUUUACGACAAGGAUGCCUUCUUGCAAGCAGCUAAGCGCACUCCGGUGGACCUGCAGGAAUGGGCUAUCAGCAUGAUGGAGCGACAUAACCGCAAGUCCUAUCUAGCACCCCCAGCUCCCAAGUCGCUCAAGGAGACCACGAAUUCCAUAUCAAAUUCCUCCUCAUCACCGGCACCUAUGGCCGCACCUCCUGCGCCAGCUCCCAAGCCCGCGCCCAUCAGCAAAUCCUCGCGCCCUCCUCAAUUACAAUAUCAUCCGCAAGCGCAAUCGCCAUAUCAUCCCUCCUCGGGCGAAAUCCCCCUGAACAUUGCCAAAGACUUCCCCACUCCUAACCGCCACUACGCCUCCCAGGCACAGGCUCAACAACACCACUACUACUCCAAUUCCAACUCUCGCUCCACACAAUCCCCCACUCCUCCGUCUCUGGAACAUCUCUCCCUCGAAACCAAGGACGACGAAGCCCGGUACGGCCGUCGCCCAAUGCGUCAUCUUGGCGACCCCAUUUCCGCCGUCGAGGCUCCAUCUCGUCCUUUCAUGAGCCCGCGCUCCGUAAGCUCACACAAUGCCAAGUCUCGCACUAACUUGACCUCAACCACCCUGCCUAUCCGAGCUGCUCCUCCGCCCUCACAUGCUCCUCCACCUUCACAUGCCCCUCCCCCUCCACCCGUCUCGGCUGGUGGGAGCUGGCGCGGCUACCCUGGUCAACCAUCAUCAUGA